AUGUCUGCCUCCGGAGUCUCUACUCCACCUUCUAAGGUGGUCUCGAUCGAGUCACCUACGAAAACCUCCAGUCUACCACCAGUAAGUACAGGCCAACUCCCUCUUAUUUUUGGUCACAUCGCCAAGGAUUUCCAGUUUACCGAUCCCCCUGGCUGGAACUCGAGUCCAUCAAAUCCUCUUUACCAUAAAGAGUGGAUAGGCGCCGACUCCGAAGGUCAAAUCAUUGCUCGAUCCUACGGUCUGCAACCAGGACAGCCGGUUAUGGAAGAUAUCAACGGGUGGCACACAAUUUUCCUGUCGGGCAAUACGUUCUAUCUCUGGGGGCGGAUGGGCGACGAAGUUCAAGAAUUUGUGCCUCGAGACAUCCGUGAGAUCGCUUCUUCGAUGUCCCAGUCGGGACUUCAGGAACUAGCCAGAAAGCCUCUUAUUUGA